AUCUCUUUUGGAAAUUCUCAUUCUGAAAUGACCACAAGCGAGAUGGAAGAACAAGGUAAUGCCACUGCUCAGCACCAACACCAACAGCAUCAGCAUCAGCAACAGAAUGAUCACAAUAACAGUGCCUUGAAUGGUGAUAUCAGCGGUCACAGUAUUUUACUCAACGGAAAUGGAAGCACCCUCAAAGCACGCCGCAAGACUAUCAAGACCGUUCAGUUCCAAAUUCAUGAUUCUCAAGCGUCUCCGACUCCUUCAUCCUCUUCAACAGAGAUAAUCUACAAGUUUUCCUCUUCCUCGUCUUCUCCGUCUUUGUGGGCGACAUCUUCGUUGAUAGUUUUAGAGGGGAUUGUGCAUAUUUUGGUUUUGAGUUUGGUUCUGCUUCACAUUUGGAUUGCACCAUAUACAAAAGUCGAGGAAAGUUUUAAUCUCCAGGCCGUACAUGACAUCUUGACCUUUGGUGUUUCACCAGAGAGCGUUAAGCAGUAUGAUCAUCUUGAAUUUCCAGGGGUUGUGCCGAGGACAUUUGUUGGUCCCUUGCUACUGGCAGCAUGCAGUUGGCCUAUAAUGAUCCUUGCGCGUCUCUUUACUUUUGCAUCAGCGGCCCCCAAGGGACUUGUGGGACAAAUCAUUGUCCGAUCAAUUCUUGGUCUGUUCACUUUUCUAGGAUGGUACCAAGUAAGCCGCGGAAUUCAAUACCAAUUCGGCAAGCUGACAAGUAUCUUGUUUAUGAUUGUGUCUGGUGUACAAUUCCAUUGGUUAUUUUAUGCUGGCAGAACAUUACCCAAUACAUUUGCUCUUAUAGUUGUCAAUGUUGCGUACUCGUACUGGAUGCAAGCGUCUUCUCAAAAAUCACGCGUUUUCACAGAAAAAUGUCUUUUCCGUAUGAUUGACUGCUUUGUCCUUGCUACUGUUCUAUUUCGCUCUGAAAUCCUUCUUCUUCUCGGCCCAAUUAUUUUGUUGGAGCUCAUAAUGGCUCGUAUCCAACUCAUCUCUACUAUCCUUGAAGGUAUGAAGGCAGGACUGGCUAGCCUUGCCAUCGCUAUUGUGGUCGAUUCAUGGUUUUGGAGGCAGUGGAUGUGGGCAGAAGGUGCUGUGUUUUGGUUCAAUGCCGUGCAAGGCAAAUCAGUCGCUUGGGGAGUUUCUCCAUGGCAUACAUAUUUUACAAGUCUGGUACCGAAGAUCUCUGGUAUUGCAUUGCCGUUGGCCUUGGUUGCUGUGGUCAUCGAACCUCGAUUUAGGCGUUACAUGAUCCCUGCUACUGUCUUUGUCACAGCCUAUUCCAUUUUGGAACACAAGGAGUGGAGGUUUGUCGUAUACACUGUGCCUAUUUUAAACUUAGGAGCUGCGAUUACUUUAUCAUGGGUAUUGAAGCAAAAGACAUUAGCAUAUCGUUUUCUGGUGGUGAUCUUGUUUGGCAUUCUUGGGCUUAGCUUCAUUUCCAGCACUGUUCAGUCGCUGAUUUCUAGUUUCAACUAUCCCGGGGGACAAGCACUCCAGCGUCUCCAUGAGCUUGAGCUUCCUCAUUUUUCCGCGGUAGCCAUGGUGCAUAUUGAUGGUGCUGCAGCUGAGACAGGAUGUAGUCGGUUUGGUGAACUGGCCUCUUCAUCUUCUCCUAUCGCGCCCGAAAACCCAUGGACAUACUCCAAGAACGAAUCCCACAAAAAGCAUCAAGACUAUCUACAUUAUACACACCUCCUGACAUCUAUUCCUGAAUUUCACAAGCAUGACUAUAUUGUUUUGGAGCAAAUCAAUGGGUUUGCUGGCUUGACACGUACCCCACUAAGCAAAAUCAAGGAGACAUGUCCAGCGACUUUCAAGGAGAUUAGUACAAACACUGAACGCCAGGCUUUGUUAUCAAAAGAUAAAGUGAUUAGACUUUGGAGAGAAUGCAGUCCGCUGCAAAUCAUGACCGAAGGCAAGAUCUGGAUUAUGAGAAGAUAUGGUGCCGUAUAGACCUCCUGCGAUUUACAACCUUUUUAAUAUAGUAGCUUUUGGUUCUUUUUUUCUUUAGUAUACAAAGACAUAAUACAACUAAGCAUAG